GUGUGUGAAAAAGUAGAAAAGAAGCUAAGCCAGGGCAAAGGCAAUUAUAAUAACAAUCGAGUUCGUUUAAAAAUGCGAAAGCGAUAAAGCUGAUCGAGCACUAUCAGACGGUAAAAGCAAUAAGUUAGGGGUUUUGGCGCACGAAAGAAAAAACACGAUGAAACUGUCGAGCUUUACGUGUCUAUUGUUACUCCUGGUGGCACAGCGAGCCCAGGUGUUGAGGGCUGAGCUGCAGGGACCAUUGGAGAGUGAAGCGGCGGUGGCCUCGACAGCGACAAAACAAAAUGUCGAGUCGGCAACGUCUGCAACUGAGGCGCAGGGGAGUGAAGAGAUUACUACCAGCACCGAAAAAGAAUCCACAGUUCCUGUCGAUGCCUCCACCACAGGAGGAACGAGUAAUGAACGCAAAGCGUCUAAGCCGAAGGAUAACGAAUUUGUACAACGCACAAAAGUAAUGCCAGCUGCUUUGUUCGAACGUCUGUGGAACGAUAGUUUAAUGAAGCAACAAAAACUGAAAGCCGAAAUCGAAGCAAUUGAAGCACAACGUCCGCCACCCGAGGUUGUUGAGCUGACCCCCGAUCAGGUGGAAGUUGAAACCAUGUACAACAAUGCAAUUGACAUGAUGGCCAAGCCACGGACGGACAAGCGAGUAGCCUUUACACUUCUGCGAAAGGCCGCUGCAUUGGGUCAUUCUUUCGCACGAGCUGAUCUGGCCUGGUCUGUCGUUCUCGGUCACUGGAUGGACUUCGAUUUUCACCAUGCCGCCGAAGAGUUUGAGAACUUGGCCAAAGAAGGUGUAGCCGAUGCUCACUUGGGUCUGGCAUUUCUGUAUUCCGUUGGAGUUGGUGGAAAGAACAUUAGUCAGCCCCUCGCGCUGAUACACUUCACAUUGGCUGCUCUCGGCGACAGCACGCUCGCACAAAUGGCCAUGGGCUAUCGUUAUUUGUACGGCAUCAAUGUGCCCAUCAGCUGCGAAAAGGCGCUGUCGCAGUACAAACGUGUGGCUAAGAAAGUGGCUUCAAAGGUAACAUUCGCUAAUGGACCAGUAGUGCAUCGUGUCAGGUUGCUCGAUGAGUUGGAGAAUCCAGGCAGCCAUGAGACAGAAAUUGUGGAUUACUAUCAACUGCUGGCCGACAAGGGGGAUGUUCAAUCCCAAGUCGGUCUAGGCCAAUUGUACUAUCAGGGUGGCAAAGCCAUACAGCAGGAUCAUCAGAAGGCGCUGGAGUACUUCACUCAAGCGGCAAACGCAGGAAAUGCCAUUGGCUUUGCAUUUCUGGGAAAGCUUUACUUGGAGGGCAGCGAGCAAAUAAAAGCGGACAAAGACACGGCUUUUAAGUACUUUACUAAGGCAGCUGAAAUGGGCGAUCCUGUGGGCCAAAGUGGACUUGGUCUGAUGUACUUGAAGGGACUCGGUGUGCCAAAGGAUUCCAUAAAAGCAUUGUCGUACUUCACGCAAGCUGCAGAUCAGGGCUGGGUCGACGGCCAAUUGCAGUUGGGAAACAUGUACUUCACUGGCAAUGGCGUUAAAACGGAUUACAAAUUGGCUCUUAAAUACUUUAACUUGGCCUCACAAUCGGGUCAUGUUUUGGCGUACUACAAUUUGGGAAUUAUGCAUGCCUAUGGCAUGGGCAUGUUGCGUUCAUGUCCCGCAGCUGUCGAAUUCUUCAAGAAUGUAGCUGAACGUGGGCGCUGGAGUGCUCGAAUGAUGCACGCAUAUAGCGACUACAAACAAAAUCGGAUCGAUGAAGCCUACAUGCAGUAUGCGCUGAUGGCUGAGGUCGGCUAUGAGGUGGCUCAGAGUAACGCUGCUUUCUUGCUGGAUCGCGAGGAGGUCCAUGUGUUCAAUGAUCGUCACGAGGACUUAAUAAGAGCAUUCUAUUAUUGGAAACGUGCAGCUGGUCAAGGUUAUUCUGCAGCACAAGUCAAAUUAGGUGACUACUACUACUAUGGCUGGGGCACCAAUACGGAUUUCGAGACGGCUGCUGCACUAUACAGGAAAGCAUCGGAGCAACAGUAUAAUGCUCAAGCCAUGUUCAAUCUGGGUUACAUGCAUGAGCAGGGUCUGGGAAUGAAGAAGGAUUGGCAUUUGGCUAAAAGAUUGUACGAUUUGGCAGCUGAAACGAAUUCGGAUGCCAAAGUGCCUGUGGCAAUGGCAUUAUUUAAGCUACAAAUGCUGGCAAAAAUUGAAUCGAUAAAAGAGUCGCCGUACAAGUUCAUUUUCUAUUUGGAUGAGAAUAUUGCCGCGAAUUGGGAUCUGUAUAUGAUUACAAUACUGACGCUCUUGUUAGGCUUUAUUAUGUACACCCGAAGACCAUUCCAGCAGCCAGCUGAGCAGCCUCAGCCUGCGGAUCCACCUAACGAUAACGCCGCAGUCAAUGUGAAUCAAGUGCAUGCCGCUGCACCAGCGGCCACAGCAAGUGCAGGGUUAGGAGCGACUGCAGUCGCCGCUGGCGGUAAUGAGGAAGCGGCCACAUCAUCCUCAGCACCCAUGACCACAACCUCUACGUUACCUAUAUCGACAACUAUAAGCACUGCAGAAGCAGCUUCCACGUCCGGUGCGACGGCUGCCAACAGCUCAUCCUCAGCGCCGAGCAGCGCAAAUACACUCGAUCCCACUGAUUAGUCUUAAACAAAUUGUUUAAUAACUCUAGUUUAAUUAGUGUCUGUGUAAAUAUUUAUCAUCUAAUUUCACCGUUUUAAUUUUUUAUUAACUUUAAAAAAACAAUGAACUUUUAGAUAUUUACAAAAUAUCGUACUCAAAAAAUAUAUAUUUGUCCCUAA